AUGACCGAACUCAAAGAGCUGACUCGGCAGAUGCAGGACAUGAACCAUGGGGGGCAGUUGCGUUUUCCAGGUACAGUGGUCCCAUCCAAAACAAAGAUUGCGUACCACUUCUCAACACUGGUGUUGACUUACGGCCAGCAGCACACGCUCCAGAUAGAACCAAGGGAUGAGUAUGGCAACCCCACCAGUAACUCCAUCUCACUGGUGGAUGAGGUCAAUUACAGCGUUCAUGUCCACCCAUUGGGCACAGUGGAGGAGGAGGAGAGCUCAGAUGAUUGCUACAGCACAUCGGUAUCAUUAAACAAGCCUCAGUGUCAGGUUUUGAUGAGGCUCACCUUCAGGAAAAAAGGCUGCUUUAGAGCAUGCAUCUCAUACAGGGACCAGCCCCUUAGCAAUGGGGAGUUUGACAUCAUUGUACUCAGUGAAAAUGAGAAGAACUGUGUGGAGAAAAACGUGUCUACUCCCGGCAUAAGCAUCUACUUCGAGGCCUACCUCUACAACACAGGCACUUACAGUAGUUGUCCAUGGCAGUUACUUGCAUCGUCCCAGCUAGCCCUACAGAGACGGCCCUCCAUGGGCGAUGAGGAGGAGGAACAUGACUCCCCUGUAGAGGGUCAGUCAGAGAAGGUCAAGAAACCAAAAAAGGUUUAUUGCUAUAUCUCACCAAAGCAAUUUUCUGUGAAGGAGUUUUACCUGAAGAUUAUUCCUUGGCGCCUUUUCACUUUCCGUGUGUGCCCCGGAACUAAGUUCACGUACCAUGGACCAGAUCCUGUUCAUAAAUACCUAACACUGGUGGUCGAUGAUGGGAUUCAACCUCCAGUAGAGCUCAGCUGUAAGGACAGAAAUAUAAUGGCUGCCACCUUUAUCCGAUUUCUCCACAAGAACAUCGGAGGAUCAGAGACUUUUCAGGAUAAAGUGAACUUCUUUCAGCGGGAGCUGAGACACAUUCACUCAAAGAGACCUCGCACUAAAACCUGCCUGAAAAUCAGCCGUCCUUCUCUGCUUGAGUCGUCUCUGAAGGCCACACGGAACUUUUCUGUGUCUGAUUGGAGUAAGAACUUUGAAGUUGUGUUCCAGGAUGAGGAAGCUCUGGACUGGGGAGGGCCAAGGCGUGAGUGGUUUGAGCUUAUCUGUAAGGCUCUGUUUGAUACCAAUAAUCAGCUUUUCACACGCUUCAGUGACAACAACCAAGGGUUGGUCCACCCAAACACUGAGCGUCCCCCUCACCUGAGGGUGAAGAUGUAUGAGUUUGCAGGGCGAGUGGUGGGGAAAUGUCUAUAUGAAUCAGCUUUAGGUGGGGCCUACAAGCAGCUAGUACGAGCCCGAUUCACCCGCUCCUUCUUGGCUCAGAUUAUUGGAUUACGAAUGAACUACAAGUACUUUGAAACAGAUGAUGAGGAAUUUUACAAAACUAAAGUCUGCUUCAUUCUGAACAAUGAUGUCAGUGAAAUGGACCUUGUGUUUGCAGAGGAAAAAUAUAGCAAGUCGGGACACCUGGAAAAGGUAGUGGAAUUGAUAUCUGGUGGUGCUCAAAUUGCUGUGACCAAUGAGAAUAAAAUUCACUACUUAAACCUGUUGGCCCAGUACAGACUAGCCAGUCAGGUGCGAGAUGAAGUAGAGCACUUCCUCAAAGGUUUGAAUGAACUGGUCCCUGAAAACCUUCUGGCCAUAUUUGAUGAGAAUGAAUUGGAGUUGUUGAUGUGUGGUACAGGAGAUAUUAACGUACAGGACUUUAAAGCUCACGCUGUUAUUGUUGGAGGGUCAUGGCACUUCAGAGAAAAGGUGAUGAAGUGGUUCUGGGCUGUGGUGUCAUCCUUCACACAGGAAGAACUGGCACGUUUGUUACAGUUCACCACUGGCUCCUCGCAACUCCCACCUGGCGGCUUCAACACUCUCUGCCCCUCCUUCCAGAUCAUAGCAGCUCCCACACACAGCACGCUGCCCACUGCACACACCUGUUUUAACCAGCUGUGCCUCCCAACGUAUGACUCCUACGAGGAGCUCCACAAGCUGCUGAAGCUGGCUAUCAGCGAGGGGAGCGAGGGCUUUGGAAUGCUUUGAACAUCAGUCUAGCUCUGGCAGAAACAGAGAAAUCUCCAAACCUCUUUUUUAUAAACAUCUCACCCCAGUGCACUUUACAGUGUACUGUAAAUGACGGACUUUGAUCACAAGAUGCCUCUGGCAGGAUUCAGGAGUUAUGUACAUAUGUAUCAAAAUAUUGUUCUACAAGAUGAAAAUAAGAAGCAAAUUUUAGUUUGUUUGUUUCUUUGUUUUGUUUUGUUUUUUUGUUACAAUAGUUGCCUAUCUUUCCAUAUGUGAGUGCAGACAUAAUUAAAUGGCCGAAGUGUCAAGAUGCUUGUUUUGCAUUUGGCAUAAAUAAAACUUUUUUUAUGGAACGUAGUUGACUGUGGGAUAUUGGGAAUGACUGCAAAACCUCUGCACUUGGGCCUUAACUGAUCAGGGAAGGUUAUGUAUAACUUUUGUUUCAUUUUAUGCUUUAUUUAUACAGUGUAUGCAUUUCCCCUGCAACUGUUCAUUU